AUGGCGACCACGUCGAAGGUCAUUCUCAUCCUUGGAGCGGGAACCAACAUUGGGCAACACGUCGCGAGAGCGUUUGCUUCGCAAGGGUACAAGGUCGCCUCAACAUCGAGAAGUGCAAAAGAAGCAGACAAUACUUCGGAGGCCCUACACAUCGCAGCCGAUCUAUCGGACCCAGAAGCGGUUGCAGGGGGUUUUCUCGAAGCGGCUGCUGCGAACCCAAAGGAUCCUAAGAACCCAGCAUCACUCUCACUGGCUGAUUUUACCAAGUCUCUGUGUGUCAACACCACAAGUGCUUAUGCGGCAGUUCAGGAAGCGAUUCAAGGCUUCGAGAAACUUCCUGACACUUCUUCGAGGACCUUCAUAUACACAGGGAACGUACUGAACACGACGGUCAUGCCUGCACUGCUUGACCUGGGGGUUGACCGAGGCUUCAAGUUCUACUAUGCAGAUGAGCGAAAGUCUGAUGGAUCUCCAGCCUACAAUGCUAUCGAUGGCGAGGCGCAUGGGAAAUUCUACGCUGAGCUUGCUGAGGGUAAGAGUCAAGCGGAAUGGCUGCAAACGUUCGUUAAGGGAGAAGGAUACAAGCACUUCUAG